AUGGCUAAUGUGUUUGAACCGGGCUACAUCCCGGCUUGGAGACGGCUAGGGCUCAAACUGAGGCACGAAGAAGAGGCCGAGUCCGGAGACGCCGUACCUGAACAUAAAACACCAUCGAUCGACCACCAAACAACUACAGACUAUCGUGCGCAAUCUUUGCCAUCCCAGAAGCGUGCCGUAAAUGGCAAAGACUCAAAGCUUGGCAAACGGAAACACCAACAUGAGGCAGCUGAGGAUCAUCAACAGGAUCCCAAGAAGAGUCGGGUUAAGGCCACGGAAAGCGACGUCAACGGAGCUACUAGUUCCGAAUUUCCAGUCGUGACUUUUGAUGUCGAGCCAGAGGCUCCUACGGAACAGACUCCAGCAACAAACAAGCCGUUCAAAGGAGGAGAUCCGAAUUAUCGAAAGAAGAAAGAGAAGCCAGCCAAACGCCGGAGAGAAGAAAAAGAGGGUGAUUCUCAGCCUAAGACGCGUCCCAAGCCAAGCUCCACUCACCCACAUCACGAGCCAGCGUACGCGACAGCGCGUCCAACUUUACUUGCGUCGACUGAGUUGGACCACGCCAGCCCAGCCGCCGCCACAACACCACAAAAGCUCCCCAAGAAAUCCAGCCGCAAGGAGCCCUCUGACUCACCCCCACUGGCAGACCAGAGAAAGUCAGUCGCAUUCACCCCCGAUACCAAACGGUCCGACGGGAAUACGGGCCAGGAUUAUUUCAAAGCCUGGGUUGCCGAACAGAAGGGAACUGGACCCGUCUCCCAGCCACCAGAAGUCUCCAACUUUGUACUCCAUUCAAUCAUUGCUGAGGAGCAGAAGACGGCGAGGAGGAACGGACAACUAGACAAGAAACCAGCGCCAGAAGCAGAACCCAAGGAAGCCGCCAGUUCGAAGAUCCCAGAUGCUGAACUAGAAGAGAAGUCGAAACCGCAGCCAAAGCCGACACCACAAGCAGCACCGAAGCCUACGUCGAAGCCUGCCGAGGCGAAAUCUACACCUGCAUCUGCAGCUGCGCCAAAGGGAAAGAAGAAGGAUCCUUCGGUAUACAUUGCCUAUCUCAGGCAGUACCACUACGAUCGCGACAACUGGAAGUUCAACAAAGCGAAACAAAACGACGUUGUUGAUAACGCCCUAAACAUCUUUCGCAUCCCUAACGAGCAUUCUGAGGCCCUAGUUGAAUACAUCGCUGGUCUUCAAGGAGCUGGUGUGAUCGAACGUCUGCGCGAACGUUGCAGGGCAACGGUGAAAGACAUCGACGAGCAAGACGCCCAGAUGAAUGACGCGGAAGCCAAGAAGGUCGCGCGGGAGGACGCAGAACAGGAGCGCAUCCUCAAGGAGCGGAAGAGGAGAAAGACAGAAGGCGACAUUACAGACCUUGGCGAACACGAGUACAGUGCCGGAUUCAUUCGACGUCUGCAAAGGCGACGAGCUGAGGCACUCCUAAAUGCUUUGGGUCGCGCUGAGCCCGUACUGCCAGCAGUGGCCCCAAGAUCUAGCAUCAACCCUUUAAUGGAGCAUGUGGAGCCAGCGAAGCCCGUUGCACGAAAGCGGAAGCGCAGGACAGAAGUGUCGAGUGAUGAGAGCAGUUCGGACAGCAGCGACUCGGACAGUUCAGACUCCGACUCUGAUGACAGCAGCGACGCGGAUUCUGGAUCAGACAACGCGACUUCUGCCAAGAGCGCCAGCAGCUCUAGCAGCGAAUCGGGAAGCAGCGACAGUGACAGCGCCAGCGAGAGUGAUAGCGAUAGUGAUAGCGAUUAG